AUGACAUUUGCCACAAAAACUAAAAAAGGAUGCAUCAAACGACUAUCGCGAUGUGCUGCUCUGGUUGUUGCAGGAUAUCUCAUUAUCAUGGUAUCCAUGCACUAUAGUAUCAUGCCUACUCUCUUUCAGUCAAACUCCACCUUAACCCAGACUCCGCCUCAGACAUUAAAUUUUCAAAUUACAACAGAUGCACAUACCGCUUUAUUGUCUUCUGACACUGCUGCUACAUCAAACUCUAAACUCAUUUUAGUGGGUAUUCUUACAUCGGUGGAAAAGCUUCAGCGUCGAACAUUGAUUCGAGAUACUUAUGCUCGACUCAAACCUGCAAAUGUAGAUCUUGUGUUUGUAUUCGGAAGACCAAAAGAUUCAUCCUAUGAAGCUCUCAUUCGGCUUGAAUCCAUUCGCUAUGGUGAUAUCAUGGUGGUUGACUGUAAGGAAAAUAUGGAUGAUGGAAAAACGUUUGCUUUUUUUAAGCAUGUUGGGAGUGUGUAUCCACCUGAACAAUAUGGGUUUGUUAUGAAGGCAGAUGACGAUUGUUGGAUUGGGCUGGAUAACUUGGCUAAAUGGGUCAGCACCAUGCCACAAACUGGAACAUACUUUGGACGACAUGUUUCUGGCACUGGGUUCAUGGCUGGCAUGGGAUACGGCUUAUCGUUUGAUUUGGUGCAAUGGAUCGCGACAGAUGCAUAUCCGAGCCAACAUCGUAUUGGCCAAGAAGACUCGUUAUUGGCAUCGUGGUUGCGGCACUCGAACCAAUUGAAACAUUACAUUGGAGACGAGACAAAAGCUUUCUAUGACGAUCCGGCGCAUGCUAGAGGGUGGGCACAUCCAUAUACUGCGAAUACCAUCUUGAUUCAUCGGUUAAAAAACGAGGCUUGGUUUCUUAAAGCCGCUGAGCAUUUUUUACCUGCUGAAUUCUUUCCCAAUGUGCCCAACUUGAACCAGUAAAGUACACCAGUCUAA